AUGACUACUUGUGCUACAAAAUUUCCCAUAAACUUUACAUUUUUAUUUUUUUAUUUUUUUCCAGUGAAAUUGGUCGCGACACGAGGUCUUAUGAUAACAGCAGAUAUUCUGGCAGGGUUUGGCUUCAUUUUCCUUCUCCUGGGACUCGACUGUGUCAAAUUCCUUACCGAUGAAUCACACAUCAAGUUAAAAAUCUGUUAUGUGGCUGGAAUUACCCUCAUUAUUGGAGGUGUCCCUGGGAUCAUUGGCUCGGUGUGGUAUGCCAUUGACGUUUAUGUGGAACGGUCGACUUUGAUUAUAAAUAAUGUUUUUUUGGGAAUCCAAUACAAGUUUGGUUGGUCUUGCUGGCUUGGAAUGGUUGGAUCUCUGGGAUGCUUUUUAUGUGGUGCUCUACUCAUUGCUUGUCAUUACUUUUUUAAAGAAGCAAGAUAUGCAAGGAACCAUUCAUAUUCUUCCAGAAAAACCUACCUUCGUGCAAGAAGUUCCGUAAGCAAGUUGUAUUCUCCACCUCAGACAGAAACUGCAAAGAUGUAUGCUGUGGGUACGAGAGUGUAAUUCAGUGGAUGGCAUCACUUUGAGCAGAAUCCUUUGUUUUUCAGUGGGGAGCAUGCAGUGUGUCUGGAAAGUGUCUAGGAAACCUCAAUUUGCACCUAAUUUGUAUGUUGUCUACAAAUUUUAUAAUGUAGAUGAAAUGUAAUGUAAACGAAUUACAUAAAGAAAUGGAUGCAAAUACUGUGUAAAAAUCAAUAUCGCAAACAUUGCUGAAUCUGGCAACUGGGCCUAUGAAUAAAAAUAUUGAAGAGAAUAUGAAAUAUGUACUCUGUCUAAACUAAAAAAAUUAUUGACAAUUGCUGAAAGGUUCAUUGGACAUCUAAUUUUUUUAUGGGUCUCCACAGCUUCUGGUCAUCAUAACUGGUACAUUAUACUAUACUGUAUCUGUAAUACU